CCCUUUUGUUGUCACUAACCCUAAACUUGUUAUGCACUUAUCGUGCCGCUCAACUUCCUACCUGGGUUAUAACUUCCUCCUCCUCUGCGCACAAAUAACCACUGAGCUCAUCAAGGGACGAGAAGGGAAAAAACGCUGCAGAGAGGUCCACGCACGGAUAUGAGAUAAGCGUAGCGGUAUCGAUAGUUAUAAAUUACACGAGAAUUUACACCUGUCGGUGUGGCCAAGACUUAAUUCAGACAGAUCCCAUUCACUAAAAUCGCAGGGUGCCAAACCGUCGAAUCAAUGUAAAUGAUUCGCUUGAGCUGUGUCACGUUCCACGCACGGUCAACAUUCCUGUAGAUCUUGGAUUUUACCUCAUUGGCCUGGGAAACGAAGAACAGGAAUGGUCUAUCAAGUUGAUGAACACUAAAACAUACCUUUCACCUAUCAUGUCGUCAGUACGAGAGAAGUCUCGCCCGGACAAGUUUCAUGAAGAUUGGCUCGAUCAUAAGGGAUCAAAAUCGAAUGCCUAUUCUACUUUAUGGGCUGUAUUAAGGGGUGACGCUAUCUAUUUCUUCAAAAACGAAAGGACAGAAAUCAGAGGAAAUUUACUUGGAUCAUUAAGACUUAAUGAGCAGACAAUAAUUACAGCUGACAAGAAGAAGGACAAAAAAUUUGAGUUGGAAUCUUACACAAGAGAUGGCAUCAAGAAAAAGAAUUUUUUCAAAUGUAAAGAUUCUACCUCAAGAGAUCUGUGGAAAAGUUUCAUCAUUGGGAUUUCUAAGGGCAUCAUGCCCCAAGAUGUCCACCUUCUUCCCGGGCAAAUCCACAAGGUGGAAGAUGCUAUACAUUUUAUUCACCGCCAGCGGGCAACACCAUCAGAGAGAGGACCCCCGCUUCCCCCACGUCCUCGGGCCACCUCUCUUGGAGGAUUUUCCACUGGAAGUAUGAGGUCUGAAGGUGGAUCUGUUGGGUCAGGAGAUAGAGCAUCCAUUUCUGCUGCUUCUCGUCAUUCUGUUGAGUCCAAUUAUGACACAAGACUUCCAGAUACAAGGCACAAGUUUUUUAUACAAGAGGAAAUGAAUGAUGAAAUACCAAGUUGGUUCUUCCCAAAUUGCUCAAGAGAAAAAGCUGAACAACUGUUAGACUCUGGAAAAAGAUAUGGCAACUGCUUAAUGAGGGAAAGUACUAGCCACAGACAGACAGGCAGUUAUGUUAUCAGUUAUCGUAAAGACAAGGACACUCAUGAUUUUGAAAUUUGCCAUUAUGAAGUAGCCAGAGUUUCUGAGGGUUACUUAAUUGUUUUAGAGAAUGAGCCCCAGAAAACUUCACAGUGCCUUAGUGAUGUCAUGACUUACUUCACCACGAUAUGUGGGCGGUCAGCUGUUGCAAUGAAGACAAAUGACUGGGCAAUUCUUGGAGCUAAAUACCCAGAUUAUGUUACAAGGAUGCCUCGACUGUUGCCCACUGAUAAAGAAAAUGGUGAAACAUUGUAUCCUCCACCAGGUGGCUCUGCUGGAAGCAGUGUCAGGACAAGCCGCUCCAGCACUGGGAGUGAAAGUGUUUCUUCAUAUCAGAAAAACUGGGACAAUUUGGCAAAUAGAACAUCUCAAGAUAGUGGAAGUUACUACAAUUUAAAUGAAUUCUUUCCCCCAUUUGGUGGAAAUAAUGACAGAGAAGAUUAUGUUAAUGAAUCAGAAAUUGAAGAAGUUCAUAGACCUCUAUCUUGUGUAGAAGAUGAGUAUAUUAACCCUCCAUCCUCAGCUUUACAUGAAGAUUUUGAUCAUGACUACUAUAAUGAAGAAGUAUUUGAAGCUGCUGCCAGACAGAUUAUGCAUGAGCAAGAGGAUUAUGAAAAUGAACACAAUAUCCAACAACUUAGCCAGCAAGCACCCUGGUCUCCAAGUCAAAGUAAUGUGCCGAUGGUAGUAAAGAACACUCCAACUUCACUGUCAGGCAGUACAGGAUCCACAACUCCUCCAGCUCCACCACCCAUAGCAACUAUCCCUCACCGCUCAGAGCACAAAAGAGAAACGUCUGAGGGUCACAUUGCUCCGCCAGUUGAUGGACCAGAGCAAGAUUCUGCUUUUCCCAAGCACAGAACUGGCAGACGAUUUAGUGAACCUGCUGUCAAAUUUUCUGCAAGCUUACAAAUGUCUGCUGUUCCUGCUCCCCCACAACCUGAUGAAAUAUUGGAUGAGCUACAGAGGAAGUUACACUUGAGGCGUAGUGUAGUUGACAACCUACAGGAAGAUAAUUCAGCAUCCCCUGAUGGCUUUUCCUCAACACCUACAGCUUCCUCUGCUUGUUCCCCCAUUACACAGACACCACUGGAGGCACCAAGGGCACCACCAGCACCACCUCUCCCAGUACCGCCACCACCACCAGCACCAGGGCUUGAACCCUUUCAAAACAAUCAGCUUCAAACUGUUCCAGACAUUCCCACAGAGCCACCACCUCCCCCACCAAUCCAAAAGCAGGGGCCUCCAACUGCACCCAAGACAAAAAGAGGUCCUAAUGUGAAUGAGGGGCGCCCACUGCCAGCGCCACCUGGUAGGCAAACUAGGAGGACACAGAGCGCAAGUGCUGUGACACUGGGUAUCCAAACUCCACAGACAUUGCAUCACAGCGCAUCUGCUUCUGAAGUUCCAGAUCAUGCAGUUCAGUUGCGACAGAAACUUCAAGAAAGAUUCAUUUACUCGACUCCUGACGCGUUUAUGAAGAAAUGAUGUUACACUGUACUGUCAAUCUUUGAAUGAUAGAUAUCCACACCAAAGUUCCACAGCUAUGGUGAUUGUUGUCCAGUUUGUUUUUGCUUUGUUAUGCAUUACAAAAUAUGCCAGUAAAUUGUUAAAAAUGACAUUUAACUGUCCUUUCUUCAUAAAAUGGAGAAAUGCUGCAAUUCAAGAAAUGUUUGGAUAUAAUUGAGACAUGUUUUUAAUGUGUUAUUGUAUCAUUUUACAUAUUCAUGUAAGUUUUGCACUGAUAUUUCAAGUGUAAUGCUUGUUUCUGUCAAAUUAGGGCACCAACUCAUCAUGUGACAAAUUCUUCUUGUUACUGGUUAAAAGUUUAGCUGAUGUGUCAAAUAUAGGGUAAAAUAACUAGAAAUGGGCAUCUGAGAAAAUGAUUUUCAAAUACUGUGAUAAGGAGUUCUUUACAGCACAGAGAACUAGAAUAUUGAUUAUUCUUUUGAUUUUUAUGUUAUUGUCUUUUAUGGUAUGCCAUUGUUUUAAUCACUAAGUCUUCGUCUACGGUGCUUUUUUUCCCAUAUCUGUUUCACAACUUGCCAACUUGGUGAUUACAAGAACACAAGGUAAUUUCUUCUAGAAUGUUUUUCACAUUUUGUUUUUGAGUGGUAAGAGAUUGAUCAAAUCUUAUAUAAUAUUAGUACUAAACAAAAUACAUAGGAAGUGGAUAGAAUAUUUUAGUGCGAUGUGAAGAAUAUUUUACCAAAAAUAAAUAUGUACAUGUAUGUUUUGAUUUAUAUUGUGAAUUACAAAAUGUACAAACAAAAAGAAUAAAAUGGUGUCAUUAUUUGAUUAUAUGGGUAAUUGAGUAUACUCAUGAAAUGAUGAAUGCUAACAGUUCCAUUUUAUAUGUUAAGGAGUUUUAUACAGAGAGCUUUAUAUUAUACAUAUUGUAGAAGUCAUGUAAUUAUCAACAUAUCAAUGCAUGCAGCAUAUGAGAUGUCAUAUUUGAUAUGCUCAUAUUUUAAAAAGUCCUAGAAAUGUCCUACUAGUAGUUACCCUGUACUGAUAACUUCUGUUUUGUUCCGUUUAUUGCUUAGAUAUAUUUCUGUGUCCCUCAUUUGUAACUUAUGAUAUAUAUGCAUGAACAUAUUUCACUGAAAAUUUUUUUUUUUAAAGGAAUUCUGUGUAAAACACAGUGAUGCAACCUGAAGUUGAUUCAGAUUUUUAUGUGUACAAAUACACUCAACCAAAAUAAUUAGUAAAUAUCAUUAUUUUGAAUAACAGUAAAAUAACCAUAUGAUCUUAGGUAAAUGUUAAACCAAAUAUUAAUGGAUAAUGCCAGGGACUUACAGAGACAUUAAUGAAUUUCAGUUUUCAAAUCAUGCAAUUGGGGUGAGGAAGUUUGAAGGUUAAGCAAGUGUUGACAGUAAACAUUAAAAAUCUUUGAGCCAUACAGUAUGUAGGCUACAGUUAAGUAAAGUCUUGAGGUUGCUCAACAUCAGUAUUGUGUGAAGCCUCCACUGUCUAUUGUCAAGACUUGCUCAAACUUUGUCACUCCAUUUGUAUUUCCAUGACAAAGUAUGAGCAAUUCUUGACACUAAUCAGUGGAGGCUUCACAUAAUACUGAUGCUGAGCAACCUUUUUUGGUCGAGUGUAUAACGUUAGAGGGGACAGAAGGACAGUUGUUAAUUACCUCAAUAUUCGGAUACACCAUCGAUAAAAUUCUGAUAUUUCAAUUAAAAACUUUUAAAAUGCAAUCUGCUGUUUUUAAUUUGGACACUCAGAUAUUUAAACAUAAUUCUUGUAUUGCAAUGCAAAAUGUAAUACGUGUUAUUUUUGUUUGCUCACAAUGGCUGUAUUUAACAAAUUAACCGUAUUUGAUUAUUUAAUUUUAUUAAUUAA